CAAUGCUAAGUUAAACUGCUACCAAGAGAGGAAAAAAAAGAAUCUGAGACUUGUUCUUCCCCAACGACCAAUCUUACGUUCCAUCAAUUUCACACCAAAAAGCCUUUACCUUUUGAUUACACGCUUAUCGGUUCUUCUUCAAAGUUUCCUCUUUUGAAAAUUCUUAGGUCUCAGUUACGCUUCUUUCUAAAUUUUUCUGGGUUUUUGUUUGUUUGUCUCUGUAACUGCAGCUGGAUUGAAUUUUGGGGGGCAUUUUUAAAUUCGAUUCAACGAGUUUCCUAAUUGAGGGUUUGAUUCCUUUUCGUAUCAAUCUUUGUUUAGUCAAAUCUGAGGUUUCAACGUGCUGAGAGAAGCUUCAUUGGCAAGUAGGAAUCUUUUCUUCUUUUUCUCUGUGUUUUAUAUUCUUUGCCAACAAUGUUUAAGCUUGCAAAGCAGCAUAUAUGCCUUUGAGAGUAGCUGCUUUAUUCCACAAGAUUUGAUCAGAGAGAGAGAGAGAGAUAUAUAUACAAUGGGAUCGAAUUGUGAUGGGAAUUUGAAAGCAGAGAUUGAGGAAUCUAAUGGUUCUUCUGGUAAAGCUAGUGUUCCUCCUUGUCCUCUUGAUCUUUCUACAUCUCGAAGAACUCUGAUUGGUGAUGGUAAACCUAAGAGAUGGUCAUUUGGUGCUUUGCCUGAUGCUUCUAGUAGACUCAAGCUUCUCAAAUUUGGUUCUCCUUCUGCUAAAUUCAAGAAAAUGGCUGAGAACAGAGACGAGGUUUCACGGUCUGUCACCAGCUCAAGUAGCGGUAGCAGCCAUAAUUUCAGGGAAAGAAUCAGUGGUGUGCUUCACCGGAAGAUCGAUUGGAGUUCUCUGGUGAAAAUGGGGAAAGAAUGGAUUAGGAAUCCUAUAAACAUGGCUCUCUUUGUGUGGAUACUUGUUGUUGGAGUCUCUGGUGCUAUUCUCUUCAUGGUUAUGACUGGUAUGUUGAAUCAUGCUUUGCCUAAGAAGUCUCAGAGAGAUGCUUGGUUUGAAGUUAACAACCAGAUCCUUAAUGGGUUGUUUACUUUGAUGUGUCUUUAUCAACAUCCGAAACGGUUUUAUCACUUAGUGCUUCUCUGUAGAUGGAAGCGCGAUGAUAUUACAAAGCUUAGGAAUGCUUAUUGCAAGAACGGGACUUAUAAGCCGAAUGAAUGGAUGCAUAUAUUGGUUGUUAUCAUUUUGCUUCACUUGAAUUGUUUUGCUCAGUACGCUCUUUGUGGUCUUAAUGUUGGAUACAGGAGAUCAGAGAGACCUCCCAUUGGAGUCGCUGUAUGUAUCUCUUUCGCGAUUGGAGCCCCUGCAGUUGCGGGUUUGUACACUAUAUUAAGUCCACUUGGGAAAGAUUAUGAUGAGUCGAUUGAAGACGAGGAGAAUCAACUGCAGCGUGAAGAAGGGUCUACGAAUCGCCGGUUUACUCUAGAGAGGAGGUUUUCGUUUGCUUCUGCUUCCACGGGGGUUGGGGAUGGAAUGGUUCCUGUGAGUAAUCCUCAAUGGAGUGGUGGGAUUUUGGAUAUUUGGGAUGAUAUUUCAUUGGCUUAUCUUUCUCUUUUCUGCACUUUCUGUGUCUUUGGAUGGAACAUGGAGAGAGUUGGGUUUGGGAACAUGUAUGUUCACAUAGCGACAUUUAUUCUCUUUUGUUUGGCACCUUUCUUUAUAUUCAACUUAGCUGCGGUUAAUAUCGAUAAUGAGACAGUUAGGGAGGCGCUUGGUGUAUCUGGAAUCCUUCUUUGUGUGUUUGGUUUGCUCUAUGGUGGAUUCUGGAGAAUUCAAAUGAGGAAAAGAUUCAAAUUGCCGAGUUAUAAGUUCUGCUUUGGUAGAGCUGCGGUUGCUGAUUGUGCGCUCUGGUUAUUCUGUUGCUGGUGCUCCUUAGCUCAAGAAGUUCGGACUGCAAACUCUUAUGAGAUAGUGGAAGACAAAUUCUGCCAAAGAGCUGAAGAGAAGAGUAUGGUAUCUCCUCUGCCUCGUGAAGAUGGUGUGUUUGAUCCUCGGUUUGGUCUCGGGAGCUCCCCCAAAAACAUGAGCGGAGCUAGUUCUCCGAGCCCGAGCAGGUUUUGGAAAGAGGUACAUAGUCCAAAUGUACAGACGCCUAGAGUAAAAGAAGAAGAUAAAAGUGAGGUUGUUCUGACUCCACCAUCUCCGCUGUCAAUACACCGAGAAGCUUGAUAUGGAAUCCGAAUCCACUGGUAACUCUCCUUCUUUCGCAGGUGUUGUAUAAGUUUGAUGUGAGGAUAGCUUUUUGUAUACAAGUCUCUUUGAAUGUUUACAAAGUUUGAUGAAGCCGGUUGAUUCUUGUGAGUUAUAGACAAUAUCAGUCUCUGGUUCAGAGAACUUUAGCGGUUGCUUUUGUAAUGUAAAUUGUUUUUCUGUCAUGCUUCAAUGAGACCUUUACAGGCUUGAUUUUUUAUU